CUUAUUCUUCACAUUCCAUCCUUGGAUUUGACGUCCAUCGAGGAAGACACACGGAUAAAACGAUCCUUGAGACUUCCACUCAAUUCAAUCAGUAAUAUCGACGUGAAUUUGACGACACGUUUGACGAUUACAAUUUAAAUCAGAGUAAUCAAAACUCUAGCGAUUUAAUAUGAAAACGGUACCUUACGGCGGCAUGAGACAGAUACAAGUCGAAACCGAGACAGAAGACAUCGAGGUUUUGAGAGAAAUUCUAGAAGAGGAGCGACAAUUGCUGUACGGCAAGGCGUUGGAUCCUUUAAUUCUGGAGGUUUACUACGAAUCGCAAGCUUGUGAUAAAACGUACAGAGAAUAUCUCAAUUUGGAUAAUAUUUUACCUUAUAUACCGGUUUAUACGCAUUUAUCGAGUUAUUCUUUAACAUCUAUGGAGGCGCAAAGAACAUUCUUGCUCGGACAGAAAAUGGAUUUUACAUAUUGAUUUUUAUUCUGAAUCACUGGAAGGAUGUCGUACAAGACGUUCUAAUACAUUACGGUAAUUUCGAUUUAAGUAAGAAAGUGUAUUUAAAAAGAAUGAAGCCAUCGUGAAUGCGUUCAACCGCAUCGAAAAAAAGCAGAGGCAUGCCUACGAAAGUUAUUUCGUCGCAACGUUGAGUCUUCAAUAAGAAGUCGACAAAAUGAUAAAUCAAUAAUAUAUGUAUCUGACAAAUAAUGUGAAAUAAUUGAGUAUUUAUUUGAUUUAUAGUAGUA